AUGCGUCAUAAAGUUCAAUUUCGCUCCAAUACUGUGUGCGGCGGAGCGCAUUUGCACCAUUUCCACGUAGCUCCACGUCAUGUAAGCUAAAGAUACAGAGACGCAGGUGUGAACAGGGCAAUGUGAACGCGCUCGUGCUUCAUAGACAUCUUUCCCCUCUCCACGGCUAGUGGCCAUCCAGCUACCAGUCGAUGCAAACCUGAGCUUCCACCAGGACGCUACUUCUACUCUCCUAUUUUCUAUAAUUUUUUUUUGACUUCAAAACCGACGUUAACGCAGCAACGCCCACGAAAGACGAAGCAACAGACGACGGAGGCGUUUCAGCAGCAGCAAUACGGCGAUAAAAACGAAAAAUGGUACAAGUAAGCCGUUUCGAGUGAGUUGAUCGCACUGACUUUACUAUACUUUUUCAGAAUAUCUUUGGAUGUGCAAGACGCGAUCGUGUGCUUCUACGGAAUUCAUUUCGUAACAGCCUCGCAAUAAAUCCUUACUGUGAGAACGGUAUAUGCUGUCGAGAGUCUCAUUGUUUUCUUUUCAGAGCACCUUCAAGCACUGGCCAAGGAACAAAGACACCGGAGAUCAUCGGCGAUGUGAAGUUUGAGCCAUGA